AUGUUUUGGAGAGAAGGCGCGAAAUACCAGGAACUUCGUGCCAUCCCGAUUGCCUCGCUCGACGCAAAGUUCACACUCGGUGAAGCCCAUGUGAUAGGCCCUUUCCCUGUCCAAACAGCGGGAAACUUCCGCUACGCUGCCCAAGCAGGCCGCCUCAUAUUCUCGGCACAUGUGUACGCAGAUGGGGACCUUAAGACGGUAGUCAAGCAGGACAAAGCAUACGAAGAGCAAGGGAGCACUGCUUUGGUGUAUGACGAGACGUUCGCGAGGCACUGGGACCACUGGGUCGGACCAACACAUCAGUCACUGUUCAGCGUGCAGCUUACGAAGGAGGGUGAUGCUUGGGCGAUGGGCACUGAGUUCACCAACGCUCUCAAGAAUUUACGCCAUAGCUCUCCCAGUGGCGGCGCUGGCGACUUUGACGUGUCGGACACGCAUAUUAUCUAUACAUGCAAGGAUCCUGACCUUCCCAAGGCGAUGCACACCAAGCAGAACAUAUACAUGGUUCCCUUCGAUGGUUCGAAAGUCACCGAGUUAACCUCUGGCGAACAAGGCGCAGCCUUAAGUCCCGUGUUCAACAAGGUGGCCGACAAGGUUGCUUGGGUGGAAAAUGAUGAGGAUGGAUACGAGAGCGCGAGGAUGAGGGUUGUCAUCUACGACCUCACCAAGAAUGUGCGGUACACACUUACUCAAGCAUGGGAUCGGUCGCCUAGCAGUCUCGUGUUCUCGGAGCAAGGUGAUUUUCUUUACAUGAUCGCUGGCGACGAUGCUCGCGUGAAGGUCUUCGCGGUCCGCCUUCCAGAGACGCCGGGCGCAUCAACGACUCAUCCCGAGCUCUCCGCGCACUUUACGCCCCGUGCGCUAACUCACACAGGCUUUGUUUCCGAUCUCCAUAUCCUUCCAGGGAACCGCGCUCUAUUCAGCAAGACCUCUUUCCUUGGGCCUAAUGACACAUACGUCAUCCGCAAAUUAGACCUCAUCGAAGACACCAUUCGCCAACAAUCAUCAGCUGCACCUGCUCCGGUACAAGUCGAGUUAGAACGCCUGACGAACCACUCGGCGCAGAGCCUGCAGGGCAAGUACCUCCCACAUGCCGAGGAGUUCAGGUUCAAGGGAGCAGACGACGUCGAGAUCCAGGGGUGGAUUUUCAAGCCUCAAGGCUUUGACCAAGAGGACAGAAAGAAAUGGGUACCGCUGUUGUCUAUCCACGGUGGGCCACAGUGGGCGUGGCAGGACCAGUGGUUGUCGACAUGGAACCACAGCGUGCUCGCAAACCAUGGUUACUUCGUUGUUGCCAUUAACCCGACGGGGUCCACAACUUUUGGGCAGAACCUGGUUGAUGCAAUUACUGGCGAUUGGGGUGGAAAGCCCUUCAUCGACCUCCGGAAAGGGUGGCAGUACGUUUUGGACAAUUAUCCUCAAAUCGACCCCGGCCGUGCUGUUGCUAUUGGUGGUAGUUGGGCGGGCUAUGCCAUCAACUGGAUUCAGAGCAACCCAGACUUUGGGUUCGGCUUUAAAGCCUUGAUGAGCCACUCCGGUGUAAAGCAGCCCUUUUCCUUCCUCUUCAAUCACGACUGGCGGGGUCGGCCAUGGGACCCAGAAGCACAGAAAUUGUUCGCCAAGUACAAUCCCGCCAAUUAUACUGAUAAAUGGUCGACGCCGCAGCUGCUCAUCCACGGGAGCAAAGACUAUUGUGUGCCAGAGACGGAAAGUAUUGCAGCCUUCCAUACCCUCCUGCAGCGCGGCAUACCUACACGAUUGGUGAUAUUCCCUGACGAUAAUCAUGUAAUCGAAAAAGAUGAAAACUGCUUGAGAUGGUAUGACGAGCUGUUUAGGUGGUUCGACCAGUUCGUCGGAAGCAAGUAG